AUGAUAGCUCCCACCAACGACUCAACACUCCAACUACCGCGGAUCCUCUGUCUUCACGGCGGCGGUACCAACGCCCGCAUCUUUCGCAUGCAAUGUCGCGUCCUCGAACGGAUGCUCCGCCCACAUUUUCGACUAGUCUUCGCCGAAGCACCCCUCCCAGCACGCCCAGGCCCGGACGUGACAUCCGUAUACAAAGACUACGGACCAUUCAAGGCAUGGCUGCGCGUACGGCCUGAAGACCCAGCCCAGGCCGCAGGCGACAUCGUGAGAGCAAUUGAAGACUCCCUAGGCGCCGCACGACGCGCAGACGACCGUCAAGGCGCGACGGGAGACUGGGUCGGCCUACUCGGUUUCAGUCAGGGGGCUCAUCUGGCCGCCGGCAUCCUUGCUACACAGCAGGAGCUGCGGCGAUGGAAUGAAGAUGACGAGAGAGUCUAUCUGAAGUUCCUUAGCAAAGUCUACAUCGAUAGCCUAGGACGGUUCGGAUACCCCUUCGGUCACCCGGCUGCUCCACUAGAAUCACGAAUGAUGAUCGUCCCUACACCAGAAAUGGCCACAACACCACAAAUCGCCAUCGUCGGCGGUGGCAUCGUCGGUCUUGUCCUCGCUGCUGGACUCACACGGAGAGGCGUCCAAGUCCAGCUUUACGAACAAGCGCGGAACUUUCGAGAGAUUGGUGCCGGCAUCGGAUUCACGAGGAACACGGUGGGAUGUAUGGAGAAGAUCAACCCGGCCGUCGUGACGGCGUUGCGCUCCGGUGGAGCUGUCAACGUCUCAAUGGACCAGCAGGAUCCCAAGGCAUAUCUGCGGUGGAUUGACGGCUACGGCCAGCAACGGGAGGACGAUCCUAUGUACCAAAAGCCCCUCUUAAAGCUUGACGCCGGCGUCAAAGGAUGGGAAACAGUUCGCCGCGAUCAGUUCUUGGAGGAUCUUGUCAAAGUCAUCCCCGAGGGGGUUGUGCAUCUACGGAAGCGACUGGACACGAUUGAAGACAACGAGGACGCGGACAAGGUCUACCUGAAUUUCACUGAUGGAACUAGGGCCGAAGCUGACGCUGUCAUCGCAUGCGACGGCAUCAAGUCCAGAGCGCGACAGCUCCUACUCGGUCUGGAUAAUCCCGCCUCAUUCCCCCAAUACACACACAAGGUCGCUUACCGCGCGUUAAUCCCCAUGGACAAGGUCGUCGCAGCGAUCGGCGAAUACAAGACCUUCCGCCAACACAUGCACGUCGGUCCGAACGCACAUCUGAUCCAUUACCCCGUCAACACAAACACAAUAGGGGCCACCGUCGUGGCGUCCGACCCUAACGACUGGCCACAAGACAAGCCUACGACGGCCCGUGCGUCUCGCAAGGACGUGUCCGAAGCACUAGCCGGGUGGUGUACUCCGGUCCGCAACCUCGUCGAACUGUUCCCGGAAGAGCUAGACCAGUGGGCACUCUUCGACCUGUUCGAAUACCCAGUGCCCAAGUACAACAAGGGGAGGGUAUGCCUGAUGGGUGAUGCGGCGCAUGCAUCCAGCCCCCACCACGGUGCCGGAGCUUCGUUCGGGAUCGAAGAUGCGCUUUGCAUGUCCACGUUGAUGUCCGAGCUUAUCAUGGAUCUUCGGGAGCAUCACACAUCCAAAGCAACUGUAUUGCGGGCUGCGUUCGAGACAUAUGAUAAGAUCCGCCGGACACGAACACAAUGGCUGGUCAACAGCAGUCGGCGCGUUUGCGAUCUCUUCCAACAACCGGAGUGGGCUAAUCCGGCCAAGCGGGUCAAGACCGAGUCGUGUUUUGAAGAGGUCAAGGAUCGUUCAUUCAAGAUAUGGCAUUUUAACUCUGCUGCUAUGGUUGAUGAUACAAUUCGCGAAUACAGGGAAAGCAUGCAUUCGUCGACGAAGACGAAGGGCAACAAUGGAGUGAGCGUGGCUAAUGGUAGCAACCCGGCGUAA